AUGGGUAUAAGAAUUAAUGAUGAGAAGGUUGAAGGUCAGGAGGUUGAAAAGAAUAGAGAAGUUGGGAGUGUUGGCAGCAGUACCAGUGUUGAUGACUAUGGUGAUAAGGAGAAACAUAGUUCCGGUGAUGGUGAAUCCAAAAGCACGCUAAGCCUAAUUGGAUUGACCAGCAUACUGGUGAAUCAAAUGAACCAAUCAGAGGACAAGGAUAAUUUUGCAUCAGGAGUUCAGAUUUUCUGUCCUCUGCUUCCUGAUCUGGACAGUGUUAUGGCUCACUGCGAACAUUACACACGCGAUAUUAAUUCCAGCUUAAUUUGA